GCGCGAGAUCCCGGGGCGGUGUCCCUGGCAGCGGGAGGACUGGGAUGAUCCCCAGAGUUCAUCCCCCACGUCCCUGUCUUGUCCCUUCAGAUUCCCUCAUUUCCCGCCCUCCCCCAAGUUCCUCAUUUUUCCCGGUUCCCUGAGACAGUUUAAUUCAACCGAAGCCUUUAUGGGGCGCUUGCUAUAUGCCGACGCUGGGGAUGCAAAGACCAGCAAACAGAAGCCGGGAGUCCCCUCUCUCCAGGCAGGAGCCCCCUGUCCUGGGGGGGCACAGAACCUGGCACCACCAAGUACCGGGGGAAGGAGCGGCCGUCAGCGGCUGGCGGAGACCCGGCUCUGGGGAGGCCGGGAGGGGCCUCCCCGGGGAAGGGGGCGGGGGUGAAUCCCAGGCCUGGGCGCGGCAGUGGAUCUGGAUGCCCGUUCAGACCCGCCUGUCCCGGCACCGUCCGGGGCAGGAAGCCCCCCCGGCCCCCGAGGUAGCCGGCGCUGCUCGAACCGUCCCCUGUCUGGUUUAACCGGAGCCUUUGCCACUUCCCGGGGGCCAGGCCGUUCUCCCCGCCCGUGCUUGGAGGUCCUCUCCAGGCCAAGCAUCAGCGCUUCAGCCAGUAAUGUCCUGUUAGGGCCCCGCGGUGAGCCUGCAAAGACCACGUUAAGAACUCACCGCUUGGGACUUGUGCAUGUGGAAGCAUAGGCAGAAUCAAUGCAAGGUAGGGAAGAGGGCUGGGCGCCAGAGGUGCUGCAGAAUCUGUGAAAAGGAGGUGAUGGAGAGAGGGCAUCCCAGGCAUGAGGAACGGCCAGUGCAAAGGCGUGGAGACGGGAAGACAAGAGCCUCUUGUGAGGAACAGAGAGAAGACCAGUUGGACUGGUCCGAGGAUCUCCUGGGAAGAGGGGCAGGGGCCCAGGUUGUGAGGGGCUGUCAAAGCCAGACAGAGGCGUUGAUGCUGUGCCCUUGGGAGGUCCUGGAGUUUGAGCUGGGGAGUGCCACGGUCAGAUGUCUGCUUAAGGAGGACGACUUUGGCAGCCGUGUGGCAUCCGGGAUGGAUGAGAAUGAACCUUAUGCCCUGGUUCCCCUCCUCCAGGUGCUCCUUGCCUUAUCAGUGUCCUCAGAAUUGUCCUUAGAACUUCACGGAAUACUUGAUUUGAUAACACUUCCCUUGUCUGAUGGGCAGAGUGUAGAAGAGCUGUGAUUCUUUAGUCCAGGAUACCUCUCAGUCCAGCCAGAGAUCACAUCCGUUUUCACCUGGCGCUCACUGGCCACCAAAGCACCCGUAUCUUUUCUCCACAGACCGCUGUGGGGCGGUGCUUCUGUCACUUUGUGUUUGCAAAGUUCAGUUUUUUGAGCUUAAGUAUAAGACUUCACAUUUGUUCCUGUUAAGUUUCUUAUCAUGUUUGACUCUGUUCUAGCUCAGCAAGAUUUUUUUAAAAAUACUGAUUUUUUUCACAAAGAAAAAAGUAUAUUUAAUUAUGAGUUUACUGAAUCGCAGAGUAAAGGUAUUUCAGAGUAGGAACAGACUAAGCGUCUUUCUAAUCUGAUAGCUGAAAAAGAGUCAUCUCCUCUUUACAGUCACAAGUCGUGAAACCUUUGCUCGAAGACUUCCCAAGUGAGAGAGCCUGCUGCUUUCCCAGGCGGCUCGUUGAAUCCUGAUUGUUAUCUGUUGUAUCAGCGCUCCCUCGAUCACCCCUUCCAGCUUGGGGUUAUUGUCAAACUUUGUAGGCGUGCCGAUGAUGUUUUCACACAAGUCAUUGAUGAUUGCCAGAAGCAGAAUCAUUGAUCCACUCUGCUUGGAGCCCUUCUGCCAAGAGGACAUUGAACCAUUAAUGACUGCUCUUCAGUUUAGGCCUUUCAGCCGGUUCCAGAUCUGCUUCCUUGUGCUGUCAUUUAGCCCAUACCUCUCUCUUUUUUCCCACCAGAACAGUAUGAGAGUCUUUAUGAAAUGCUCUGCAAACAUUUAGGUCAACUCUAUCUGUAUCAUUCCACUGACCUACCAGGCUAGUAACGCUGUCAAAAAUGGAAAUAAGGGCCCCACAGGGCCACAGCCGGGCCUCAGAGGCAGCCCCAGAGCCAGCUGCAGACAUGGGCCAGAAUGAAUCUGAGCUGCCCCAGCCCCCGCCCCAGGAUGCGGCGCUGACAGACAUGCUACCCAAUAUCAAGCUGCUGGUGGAGGACCCACUGCAGACCAGCCUGGUGAUGGGAAUGAUGAUUGGUAUAGGGGCCGCCGUGCUACUCAUGGCCACCCUCAUCCUCGUACUGGUCCGGAGACUGCGUGCAAAGAAGGUUCAGGCCCAGGAGACUCCCAAGUAUCGAUUCCGCAAGAGGGACAAGGUCCUUUUCUAUGGACGCAAGAUCAUGCGCAAGGUCUCUCAGUCCACCUCCUCCCUGGUGGACACCACGAUCUCCACAGCCUCUCGGCCCCGAAUGAAGAAGAAACUCAAGAUGCUGAACAUUGCCAAGAAGAUCCUUCGGAUCCAGAAAGAGACGCCGACCCUGCAGCGAAAAGAGCCUCCUCCCUCUGUGUUGGAGGCCGACCUCACUGAGUUUGAUGUGGCCAAUUCGCACCUACCCUCCGAGGUGCUCUACAUGCUGAAGAAUGUGCGGGUGCUUGGCCACUUUGAGAAGCCGCUGUUCCUGGAGCUCUGUCGCCACAUGGUGUUCCAGCGGCUGAGCCAGGGUGACUAUGUGUUCCGCCCAGGCCAACCAGACGCCAGCAUCUACGUGGUCCAGGAUGGGCAGCUGGAGCUCUGUCUCCCAGGCCCCGAUGGGAAGGAGUGUGUGGUGAAGGAGGUCUUCCCUGGGGACAGUGUCAACAGCCUGCUGAGCAUCCUCGAUGUCAUCACGGGUCACCAGCGGCCGUACAGGACGGUCUCCGCCCGGGCUUCCCGAGACUCUACCGUGUUACGGCUGCCGGUCGAAGCCUUCUCUGCUGUCUUUGCAAAGUACCCCGAGAGCCUCGUGCGAGUUGUGCAGAUCAUCAUGGUUCGACUGCAGCGAGUGACGUUCUUGGCUCUUCACAACUACCUGGGCCUGACCAAUGAGCUCUUCAGUCAUGAGAUGCAGCCUCUGCGCCUGUUCCCGAGCCCUGGCCUCCCAACCCGAACCAGCCCCGUUAGGGGUCCCAAACGUGUCAUCGGUGCCUCUACCGCUGAAGAACCCCGGGAUCCUCUUGCCCGGCCCCUGGACCCUACCGGAGCCCCCCUUCCUGGCCCCCCAGGGGAUCCUGUGAAGCCCCCGGCCUCUCUGGAGCCCCCUCCUGCCCCCCUGCUGAGUAGGUGUAUCUCCAUGCCUGUGGACAUCUCUGGGCUGCAGCGGGGUCCACGUUCUGAUUUUGACAUGGCCUAUGAGCGAGGCCGGAUUUCUGUGUCUCUUCAGGAGGAGAGCUCAGGGAGCCCACUACCCAACAUGCCCCGGUCAAUGUCUCAGGAGCCUCGGGAACAGCCGGCGGGGGCCUGUGAGUACAGCUUUUGUGAAGAUGAGUCAGCUGGGGGUGACUGCCCCUUUGGGCCCUACCAAGGCCGUCAGACCAGUAGCAUCAUUGAGGCGGCCAAGCGGGAGCUGGUGAAGCUGAUGAAGAUUGAGGACCCCACGCUGCUGAAUAGCCGAGUGCUGCUACAUCAUGCCAAGGCUGGCACGGUCAUUGCCCGCCAGGGUGACCAGGAUGCCAGCCUGCACUUUGUGCUCUGGGGCUGUUUGCACGUGUACCAGCGCAUGAUCGACAAGGCGGAAGACGUGUGUCUGUUUGUAGCCCAGCCUGGAGAGCUGGUGGGUCAGCUGGCUGUGCUGACGGGGGAGCCGCUCAUCUUCACCCUGCGGGCACAGCGGGACUGCACUUUCCUGCGUAUUUCCAAGUCGGGCUUCUAUGAGAUCAUGCGGGAGCAGCCGAGUGUGGUUCUGAGUGCUGCCCACACUGUGGCUGCCCGCAUGUCACCAUUUGUACGCCAGAUGGACUUUGCAAUUGACUGGACGUCUGUGGAGGCUGGACGCGCCCUCUAUAGACAGGGUGACCGCUCAGACUGUACCUACAUUGUACUCAAUGGGCGCCUGCGCUCUGUCAUCCAGAGGGGCAGCGGCAAGAAAGAAUUGGUCGGGGAAUAUGGCCGUGGGGAUCUCAUCGGGGUGGUGGAGGCCCUGACCCGGCAGCCCCGGGCCACGACAGUGCAUGCAGUGCGGGACACGGAGCUUGCCAAGCUGCCUGAGGGGACCCUGAGCCACAUUAAGAGGAGGUACCCGCAGGUUGUGACCCGGCUGAUCCACCUGUUGAGCCAGAAGAUCCUGGGGAAUCUACAGCAGCUGCAGGGACCUUUCCCAGGUUCAGGGCUUGGUGUGCCGCCUCCUUCGGAACUUACCAACCCAGCCAGUAACCUGGCCACAGUGGCUGUGCUGCCUGUGUGUGCAGAGGUGCCCAUGGUAGCCUUCACCCUGGAGUUGCAACAUGCUCUGAGAGCCAUUGGCCCAACUCUGCUCCUCAACAGCGACAUCAUCCGGGCGCGGCUCGGGGCUUCGGCGCUGGACAGCAUCCAGGAGUUCCGGCUGUCCGGUUGGCUGGCCCAGCAAGAGGACACACACCGCAUCGUGCUCUACCAAACAGACGGCUCCCUCACCCCCUGGACUGUGCGCUGCCUGCGCCAGGCUGACUGCAUCCUCAUCGUGGGCCUGGGGGACCAGGAGCCCACUCUUGGCCAGCUGGAGCAGAGGCUGGAGAGCACGGCGGUGCGGGCCCUGAAGCAGCUGGUCCUGCUGCACCGGGAGGAGGGCCCGGGGCCCGCCCGCACCGUUGAGUGGCUCAACAUGCGUAGCUGGUGCUCAGGCCACUUGCACCUGCGCUGCCCACGCCGGCUCUUCUCCCGCCGCAGUCCUGCCAAGCUGCGAGAGCUCUACGAGAAGGUCUUCUCUCGCCAUGCUGACCGCCACAGUGACUUCUCCCGCUUGGCCCGGGUGCUGACGGGAAACACCAUCGCCCUCGUCCUGGGAGGGGGUGGGGCCAGGGGCUGCUCCCAUAUUGGGGUGCUGAAGGCGCUGGAGGAGGCUGGUGUGCCCGUGGACAUGGUGGGUGGCACGUCCAUUGGCUCCUUCAUUGGGGCCCUUUAUGCAGAAGAACGCAGUGCAAGUCGUACUAAGCAGCGUGCUCGGGAAUGGGCCAAGAGCAUGACAUCAGUGUUUGAGCCGGUGCUGGACCUCACGUACCCUGUCACCUCCAUGUUCUCAGGCUCUGCCUUCAACCGAAGUAUCCACCGGGUUUUCCAGGACAGGCAGAUCGAGGAUCUGUGGCUGCCUUACUUCAAUGUGACCACAGAUAUCACUGCCUCAGCCAUGCGUGUGCACAAGGACGGCAGCGUGUGGCGGUAUGUCCGGGCCAGCUCUUCCUACAGCCCGUACCUGCCCCCCCUGUGUGACCCCUCGGAUGGGCACCACCUGGUGGAUGGGUGCUAUGUUAACAAUGUCCCAGGGUCUCUGUGGCGGUAUGUCCGGGCGAGCAUGACGCUCUCGGGCUACCUGCCCCCACUCUGUGACCCGAAGGAUGGCCACCUGCUCAUGGACGGCGGCUACAUCAACAACCUGCCAGCUGACAUUGCCCGGAACAUGGGGGCGAAGACGGUGAUAGCCAUUGAUGUAGGCAGUCAGGAUGAAACUGACCUGAGCAACUAUGGGGACAGUCUGUCAGGUUGGUGGCUUCUCUGGAAACGUCUCAACCCCUGGGCUGAGAAGGUCAAGGUGCCUGACAUGGCAGAGAUCCAGUCUCGCCUGGCCUAUGUGUCUUGUGUGAGGCAGCUAGAGAUAGUGAAAUCAAGUUCGUACUGUGAGUAUCUGCGCCCACCUAUAGACUGCUUCAAAACCAUGGACUUCGGCAAAUUUGACCAGAUAUAUGACGUGGGUUAUCAGCAUGGAAAGGUGGUGUUUGGGGGCUGGAGCCGUGGGGACAUCAUUGAGAAGAUGUUGAGGGACAGGCGUUCUGCUGACCUUAAUGAGAGUCGGCGUACCACUGAUGUGCUGACCUGUCCCAGUGCGGGCUUUACUGACUUAGCAGAGAUCGUGUCCCGGAUUGAGCCAACCAAAAGCUAUGUGUCUGACAGCUAUGCUGAUGGAGAGGAAUCAGAUUGUCUGACAGAGUAUGAAGAGGACGGGGGCCCUGAUGGAGCCCGAGAUGAAGGGGGCUCCCCUGGAGGGGGGACCCCCAGCAGCACCUUUGAGACUGAUGAGGAGAAGAGUCUGAGGCAUCGGAGAGGCCGCCCCCAGGACCCCCCUGGUUCUACUGCAGAGGCCUGAGCCGUCUCCGGAGGGGGUCUCAUCCUCCUGUCUUGGGAGUGACUCCAGGGCCAAUCGGGCCCCAGCUGAGGGAAGGCUGUAGCCCAGGGUGGGGGUGGGGCCCCCAAGCACCAGCCCCGCCCCACCACUCCUCAGCACCUGCACUGACCUGGCACUGGACUGAGCUGCCUUGGGGUGGGGGGGGCCUGCACUGAAUUGACCCCUAUUCCCCCCCAACCCCCAAAUAAAUGCUCCUAGCUUCUUCUA